AUGAACAAUGAUGAGCCCCUCCCCCCGACGGACAAUCUUUCGCCCAUAGACGCAGCCGCUCCUCCUUCAGGGCAAGAUGCCAAACUCUCGCCGGCUCAGAAGAGCGCGCGGGAGCAGACGAGAAAGAAGCUCGAGUUCGUCGAUACUCUGAUGCAGAAUCUCGAUGUGCUGAUCUAUGUCGAGCUAUGCAUUCUAUAUUACAUGGACUGCUCACUCUUCCGCCUUCUCAUUCGAGCUUUGAACCAAAUGAUGUUCCUCUCGCCCAAACCAAACUUUAUCCCACCUAUGCCGCAACAUCGACCUUAUAUAGGCGCCAUCUUCGGACCCAACAUCAUCUGUUUUCUGCUCCAUGUAUUUACGGCAAGAUCUGAAGCUGGGGAGGCUAUGAAAGGGUAUUUACACGGGGGCAUUAUAAUCGAUUUAAUAGGGCAAAAGGGGCCUACAUCGAAGAUCCAUUUAGUUUUGCUAGAUGUACUCGUCCUCGUCUUGCAAUGCUUUAUGCUGGCUGUACAUAUCGAGAGGGAGAGGCUUGUGGCAGUGCUAAAGGCUUUUCAUUCACCGAAUCCAGUUAUGAAUGAGCCAAGGUCCACCGUGUCUGCGAGUCAGGACCACGAUGCCGAGGAACGAGGGAUGACGAGAGACACGGUUAGGAACAAUGGGGACAUAGAGCUGCAACCUUUGCCCCCUCGAGAAGAUGGACCAUCUUCGGCGAUACCCACAGAUCUCGAGGAAGAACGUGCCCGCCUACUGGCCGAGCCGCCUCCCCCAGAAGAGCGAGAAGAGGAUGCAUUGGCUACGUUUUGGUCCGGCACAGCUAUUGUAGCUGAUUUCCACAUCUUGCAAAAUAUCAGGACACAGUGGAACGAUUAUGGAAAUGCGACAGGGUCGGCGCUGCAGACAGCUGGGUUCUCGGCGGGCUUUGCGGCUGUGGCAGCUAACAGGAGAUUGAACGCUGCGAAUUUGCAGCUUCAGCGAUCUUUGACGGCGUGA